AUGACACCACCUCCACUUCCACAUCUAACUCCACCACUUGCACCACCACAUUCACUACCUCCACAACCACCGCCACCGUCACCGCCACCACUACCACAACCACCACCUCCUCCAAUGUCUCCUCCACCUCCACCUCCACCACCACCACCAACACCAUGCUGCCACUGCCACUGCCACCACCACCUCGACAACCGCCAUCCCCACCACCACCACUACCACAACCACAACCACCAACUCCACCUUCAUCACCACCACCACCUCCACUCCAUCACCAACACUACCACCACAUGA